AUGCCAGGGCCCUCGAAGGGGCUGGCCCUCUCCCAACCCUGCCUUGAGAGCUUGGCUCAGUUUUUAACAAAGCUGCGGUGCCCUCUUCUCCAACCACCCAGCCGCGGAGGGGCUGGUGUGGAGGACACAGCCUGUUACCCCGCUCGCAAGGUACCUGUCUUGCAGCAGGCCAUCCUGCCCUUCCUGCCGAGUUGCAGAGAGGGCAUCCAGCACAGUGGAGCAGCCCAGCCGGCAGGAUGGGCAGGGGGCACCUUCAACCAGAGGGGUGCCACCCUGCGUGCCAUGGAAGGCCCAGCUUCCAUCCUCCCAGCCCUGCUGCUGCUCACCAUCUGCCCCCGGAAGCUCCUAUACGCCCUCCACCGCCCAACUCGAGGCGGCCUUCCCACCUGCCUUGCCUCAGUUCAAACAGGCUUUCAGGGAGCAGUGACCCAAGGGGCUACCCCCUUUCCUCCUCAGGGUGCAGACCAGGCCACCUCCCACAUGGGCGGCCUCUGCCCCAGGGCCUGGUGCCCAGACGCUGCACCCGGUUUCCUGAACCAGCCUCCCCAGAGACUCUUCUUGGUUUUGUUCCUGACUGGGUGGUGUGCAACCAAAUAA